AUGCAGAACUUGAUACGGUCAGCAAUCCUGCUAAUAGCGGUAGCAGCUACAUGCGCCGCACCAGCAUCAAACAAUAACCUCACGGAAGACAAAGAGCCAUCCACUCACGAGUUACUUAGUUCUCUAGGGCUUAAGAAACUGCGUGUACCGGCUGCCCACCAUCGAAAGCGAUUAGCCGAGCAGGGUAGACGCCACAGCACCGGUGAUUCAAGAAUGUACGUCAUCAAGUUACCACCAAACAUGAACUACUACAGCAAUAUAGACCCAGCGCCCGCCGCGGCCAGGACUUUGCCCCUACAAAUGCACAGUAACGGUAAACCAGCACGCGUCUACCACUGGAACCUACCAGUAUUACAUAAGUUGGCCAAAAACCGACCCCAAGCGAGGCUCAACGACGACAACAUAGUAGACGUGGAAAGCACUCCCACAUGGACGAAAGGACAUCCCAACUCUAUCGAAGCUAUGGCGUAUUAUGUGCCAGCUAAAAAGCCGUCCUUCCGGAAGUAUUAUUCCGGGAACGGGAAACCGAAAUCGUUUUACGUGCUAGAGAAGAAUAAGAGUGCUGCUGAGUAUCAUAAGUUAUUACCGUAA